UCAGGGAUAGCAAGGGAUCUCGGUCCAAACUGGAUGCACACACACACACGUAACGCCGGCCUGGUUUUGUCUCCGCCUGUGCUUUUGCCCCUUUACUUGUUGGUGAUGCUUUCCUUGAGCCUGCGUAUAUCCUCACGUUGGUGAUGGUUUCCUUGAGCCUGCGUAUAUCCUCACGCAGCGCUUUCUCGCGGUCUAGAGCCUCACAGUGUGAGCCGAGGACAGACGCAUACCGACGCUCCAACCUGACAACGAACACAGACCGACACCGACAUGCAUACGUGUCUGUGUCUGUCUGUCUGUCUAUCUGUCCGGGUGUGUGUCUGUGUGGGUUUGCUCACCUCUCCUUCUCCGCAGCUGCCUGUCCAAGCUCAUCCUUGAGCCCUGUGAGCCGUGUGUUGGGUCUGAUGUGUUGGGGUGGCUGUGGUCGUCUAAGAGCGGCCUGGUCAUCGAUGGACACAGACGACUGAGACGAUGAUGAAGGCCGAGUGCUUGAGGAAGUCGACAACCUGACAGAGACGCACUCACAGGCAGAGAGGCAGUGUGUGCAUACGACGGCGAUGGAAUAUGGUUGCUGGGCUACUGGUCUCACCCAUGCAGACGUCUGAUGGAUCCUAUUGGCUUCGGGGGCAUGGCCGUACCUCCCCUGUCGUGACAGACACACACACAUCCCAACACUGUCGCGUCUGCCAUUCUUGUACAGUGCUCGUCUGUUGUCGCUCACAAUGGGCCGUCUCGUGGUGUGUCAUCUUGCUGCUGCUGGUUGGGCUUGCCCUUGCCCUUCCUCUUGCGAGUAGUGACUACGAUGAAGCCAUCAUGCCCAUCAGCCGCCGCCUCGGGGGCGCUCGCAGAAACACGAGUAACAGUCCUGUGACACACACAGACACACGAUCCACCUUGUUCCUCCGACCGUCCGUCUGUGAGUGCCGCUGUCGCUUACCCUGGCUACUGUGCAUACGGGUCGACAUGGUCGUAAUGGCUAUCGGCUAUCGGUGCGGCAUCCUCUCCGACAGCUCCCUCCUCGUCUACUGCCCCAGCUGCAGCGCUACCAUCAACACACCUACCAGAGGGAAUCGAGGCACGAGUCAGCCCACUGCCCCCCUCCCUUUGUUUGUGCAGUCAGUGUAUGCCCCCACUUGUCAGAUGAAUCCGCAUGAGUGGCCGCAUUCGGUGCCCCCUUGCCCUUCUUGCCCUUGCCUCUGCCCUUGACCUGCUUUGACUUGUCCUUCUCUGCUGUCUCGUCGGCCGCUAUCAGCUCGUCCAGGACGGCUGCCGCCCGCUCGUCCUCUUUCUUCUCAAUGCGAUCGAGCAACGUUAGCACACCAGGCAGCGUUGAGGCCUCGAGGUCGCGUGGAUGUAAGCCGAUGAUGGAGCCGACCUCCUCUUGGCUCGGUGGGCACUUGUAGGCGUGUGGGGCGGCACCUGGCGGACUCGAUGACCUGCAUUGCAUCCAUACAAAUCGGGCGGGAUUCAUCACUCACUGUACAGACAGACUGUCUGUGUCGUUACUGACUGUGAGGGUCCCUUGUUCUUGCCCUUCUUGGACUUGGGCCGCUUGCCGGUGUCCUGCUUGUCGGUCUGGUCGUCACGAGGAAGGGCACGCAGCUUCUUGAUGGAAGGGGACUGCACACCACACAGAAGGGAAGGCGAAUUGGUUAUGCCGUGCUGCUUGUCGGCCUGUUACCUGUAGAAUGCGUUGCGAUAUCUUGUUGUGCGGAGCGUUGGCCCCUACGCGAUGCUCACCCUCCCUGAUAGGAAGCGAGGGAGGGCGACUGCGUGUGUGUGGAAUGUUUGAAUGACGUGACUAGCGCACCUGAUGAGGCCAAACUGCACCACCAUGCCGCCAAAGAGUAACCUAACUCGGGCGUUUUGGCGAUGCUGGUACAGCGCGUCACACAACAUCUCCACCAUACCCAGGCCCAUAAUCACCGGCAGGACAAUCUAUCAACACGAGCACACACGCGAUGUUUGUAUGUUAUGUUCCAGAGCACUGUGUGGCCCCGCUCUGCCCCUCCACUAACCUUUGAGUGUCCAUACACCAGGAGGCUAUGCAGGCACACUAUGGUGCCAGCGGCUCGUCCAGGGCUCUCCAUCCAUUUCGGGUUCCGCAUCAUCGCCGCGAGCAUCUCAGGGAAUCCAGCUCGAACCACCUCACAACCAUGACCAGCACCUGCCGGCACACAGACCCACGAACGACACACACAGAUGUUUCCCUCCCUCGCUCGCUCCCUCCCUCCCUCCCUCCCCAUCCACCCCUUUCGUACAGAUGAGAGCGUGUGGAAGGUCAAGCGAUUCUGUCAUGAGAGCCAUGUCCCUGAUGUCCGUAAGCGCCCUCUUGAUUGAGUCGGCGACGGUCUUGAGCGCUCCAGGCUCCGCCAGCAGCCGCUCGCACGGGCCUCCAGGCAGCGACACAAACGCCAACACAUCGGGGCUACGCUCUGGACGUAGAAAGAACACAGCACAUAAACAAAACGAAGAUAGGUGUAGCUAGGUAUGAGUGUGCAGGCGCGUCCGGCCUGUGAGCUUACCCCAUUUCGCACAGUCACGGCCAACCACACAGGGGACAAUGAGAAUCACACAGAUGGACGCUCGCCACUGGAGGUUGUACGUUUCGCCAUCGCCCGUGAGUAUGUCCAUGAUGCGGUCUACGUGGCAGUCGUACACCUGCCUCAACAGCGAGAGAACGUCGGUCUCCACGCCACCCUCCACACCUGACAACGCAAGAGACACACCUCAUGGAAGAAAGAAGAAGCAUCGAAGCAUCCACCCACCCACGCACUCACGCGUCUUUCGUCCGGUCUCUACCGCCUCGAUGAUCAGCUGGUGGAGCCAUACGGCGCGCUUGAAGGCGGCAGAACCAAUCGAGUCGCCAGUCAGCAUUGCGUCGAAGGUCCAUGAGAGCACAGGCGUCCAGAGGGUGGCGGGAGGCUGCUCUGGCGAGCUGUCGUCAAAGAGGGUGUCGAGAAAUCUCUCUCCAAAUGGGUCCUCGGUCUGCGGCGGGAUCUCCUUGUGGCAAUUGUAGAAAUCAACCACAAAUUUGGAAGCCGAAAUCGUUGACCCGCCAAUGUGGUCCAAGGAUGGACGGGCCGUCCGCAGGCCCGCGAGCGAAGCUCUCACACACUGGUGCACGAGGCCACAGUGGUUGGUCAAGAGCGACUGGCGGGCACCAAGCCCCUCCAUCAGUAGCCCUGUGAUGAUGCCAACGACUGCACUGGGCGCUGGGGCUGCGCCGUCGAUGAGGAGGCUGGGUGGGACCAUGGCCAGGAGGCUGUCAAGGGAACCGGCAGCAGCGAGCGCCUGCUCGGCGAGCCACUUGGGAUCCAUCGACUCCACGGACCACCACCGCCCAUUCUCGUCCCUGGCUGGCAUAUUGUUCCGACACAACGUCACGAGGAGGCAGGCGGCUGGCGUCGCGAGCUCGGGUGAACGACAGAGUGCCUCGAGCAGCGUCCGGAACGCUCCCGGAUGGGCCGACAGCAGACGCCGCAUCUCGUUCCACUGGACAGUGCCGGGUGGGACGCCGCACUUGACGAUAUCUCUGAUGCUGCUGUCCCUGACCUCCUCGCUGUCACUUGCCAGCCCUUGCACGACCACCCUGAACUGCUCAACGUCGAACGAUGCGGCCGCCAU